AAAUUGUAAUCUAAGAAGGCUGUCCACAUUGGAACAAUCGUAUUUCAUAUCCGUCAUUUACGAGAAGCAAAAUUUUUAAAAAGCAAAAAAAAAAUGAUUCCAGCGAUUCCACCUCCCGUCAAGUUUCAAUGGACUAAAGCAUAUCUUCUGCGUCCAAUCGAUAACAUCAUUUCACAUCCGGAUGCCUUGCUUAAACAUCCGUUUAGACCCUCGUAUGAAUCGCAUGGUGCCCCCGAUUUACCAUGUUUGCUCCGAUACGAUUACUUCCGCAUUUGGAAGCAGGAACACUCAAAAUUUCAUGCAAUCAAAUGUGCACGUCUUCGAGUACCGAAAAAGAAGUUUUCACCCUAUCGCAAGAAACCUAUCCGAGGAACAUAUUGUGGUGCUGGAUGUAGAAAGAAUCCGGCAACAAAGAAACGCUGCAUCAUGAAGAAGUUCUGUUCGGUCGCUGCCAAAGUAGAAUGUCACCGUCAGCAGAUCCCGGGUGUUGCACGAGUUUGUUGCUAAUGUUAGAACUGAUCAGUAUGAACAAUGCAAUAAAAUGAUAAAUAAAAUAAAACUUGUU